AUUCGAACUUGUUUAGCUACUUCCUUGCUUUUAUUGAACCGGCAUGAGUGCCAGUAGCUUAAAUAACUGUUCACUAAAACAAUAGUAACUAGCUGUUUUUAUUAUAUAGGACUACAUUCUUUUUGGUUGAAAAGACAUGGAAAGAGGAACUGGACUCCUGGACACUUGCACCAAAGAUGGGGCAAUCGAUAUGUACAGAAAACCAGCAGUGAAAGAAAAAACUGGUGGUUGGAGAUCAGGAUUUCUUCUGCUUGUAAGUGAAGGACUUGCUGCACUGGCAUUUACGGGGGUAGAAGUAAAUAUGGUUCUUUUCUCAAAAUCGGUGUUGAGGCAGUCAAAUGCAGAUGCAGCAAAGACAUUUAGUACAUGGAUGGGAACUCUUAACAUCUGCACUCUGUUUGGUGCUUUUCUCAGUGACUCAUACUUGGGAAGAUACCUUACUUGUGUAGUCUUUCAAGUUGUUUUGGUCAUUGGACUGGUACUAUUGUCUGUGUCAACUCAAGAAUUCAUGCUUGAACCAAAGGGUUGUGGAAAGAUUGGAGAAAUGUGCAACCAGCCAUCACCAGCUAAACUUGCUAGUUUCUACGUAUCAGUAUACUUGCUAGCUCUGGGAAGUGGGGCUAUAGAACCAGCACUAGCCACAUUGGGUGCAGAUCAAUUUGAUGAGGAAGAUUCAGAAGAAAAUAAGUCAAAAACAAAAUUUUUCAGCUAUUACUAUGUCGCGCUCAACCUUGGAUCAUUGAUAGCAGAGACAGUAUUAGUUUAUAUAGAAAAUCUGGGGAAAUGGGUGUUGGCCUUUUGGAUAUCGACGUUUUGUGGCUUCUUGGCUUUAAUUUUCCUACUGAGUGGGACUUCCAGAUAUCGGCACACUAGGCCCUCUGGUAAUCCUAUUUCUAGAUUCUGUCAGGUGAUUGUUGCUUGUGUGAGGAAACUAAAGAUGGAUUUACCGUCACAUGGAGAAGGGCUAUAUGAAGUUCAUGGUAAGGAUGAAAAGGAAUGCGCUCAAAGAAUAUCACAUACAGAUGAUUUCAAGUGUCUUGACAGGGCAGCAGUAAUGACCCCAUCAGACAAGAUCUUGUUAUCAAGCAAAGGGCAAACUCCAAAUCCAUGGCAUCUUUGUACAGUUACGCAAGUUGAGGAAGUAAAAUGUGUGCUAAGGUUGCUUCCAAUAUGGUUCUGCUCCAUUAUGGCAUCUGUAGUAUUCGUACAAGUACUCUCACUUUUCGUGGAGCAGGGAGCAACCAUGAACACACAGAUAUCCAAUUUCCACAUCCCCCCGGCCAGCAUGACCGCCUUUGACAUCAUAAGCACAUCAACUUUCAUCAUCUGCUACGAGAAGGUGAUUGUACCGUUAUACAUCAAACUAACCAAGAAAGAGCCAAAGAUGCCAAGCGAGCUACAAAGAAUGGGAAUAGGCAUGGUAAUAUCGAUCAUUGCCAUGAUAGUUGCAGGACUAGUCGAGCAAUGCAGACUAAAGUAUGCAAAUGAGAGAGAAAUAAGUUCUUUGAGUAUUUUCUGGCAAAUCCCGCAGUAUGUGCUUGUGGGCGUUUCAGAAGCAUUUAUCUACGUUGCACAGUGGGAAUUCUUUGCUACACAGAUACCGGACAGGUUAAAGAGCUUGGGGAUUGGUUUGUCAAUGUCUUCGUCGGCCUUAGGUAGCUAUCUCUGCACCAUAAUAUUAACUCUGGUUAUGAAGGUGACAUCAAAGCAUGGGAAGCCUGGCUGGAUACCUCCAAAUCUGAAUGAAGGUCAUUUGGACAGAUUUUUCUUCUUGUCGGCUGCUCUGAUUGCUUUUGAUCUUGUGCUGUUCAUCACCUGUGCAAACCGGUUUAAGUGUAUCGAGAUAGAAAAACGAGACGAUGGGAAGGAAACACCAGCUUUGCCUUGACUCGAUGAAGACGACGACUCACCUUACCUUAUCUGUAGCUUCUGGGAGUAGGAAAACAGUGAAGAAAAAGCAUGAAGUUUACAAGGGUAAAAGUGUAGUCUUUAAGUAUAGAGGACGCAAGAUUUUUGGAAGUGAAAACAAAUCUUUAUUCCUCUUCACAAAAGCUUAACAGUAACUCAAAAUAUGACCAUAUCUUGAAGUUGAAUUCAUUUCCAAGGUCAAGGAUCCAUUGUUCUUUGUUACUAUGUGAGCAACUUUACUCAAAGUCAUCAUUAUUUCUAUCAGUCAAAUCCUAUAAAAACAUUAUGGGA